UGGAGAAACGGUGGACGAAAAAGAGGAGGGGAAGAGGAGGUGUUUGCUGAGCUCCAGACAGCUGGCGGGGUAAACAGAGGAGGGGGCCGGGGAGGGCGAAGGUCCCAGCCAAGCCUGGGCUGCGAAGCCUGGUGAGCGGCUCCCGCUGUCUCCUAGCCACCCAGCCUCCCCGACGGGCCCUGCCGCGGCGCAGGGCUCGGUUCGCCCCCCUGCAUGGAAGUUCAAGCGCUCCGUCCACUGGCUGUUGCGCCUGCCCUGAGGAGGCCUGACAGGUAAUUUCAAUGCUGUCUCUAUAAGACAUGGACUCUACUGGAAUGCUCAGAUGCACAGCAGCACCUCCACUAGUUUGCUUUCAUCGGCCCUGCUGUGAGAAGAUGGCAAAAGCAAAUAUUGCCAGAGACCUCAUCCACAGACAGCUCAAGGAGAAAGGUGCCCUCAGCUUUGAACGACACUAUCAUGUAACUGACCCAUUCAUUCAGCGCCUAGGCUUGGAGGCAGAACUGCAAGGUCACACUGGCUGUGUCAACUGCCUUGAAUGGAAUGAAAAGGGAAACUUGCUGGCCUCUGGCUCAGAUGAUCAGCACACCAUUGUGUGGGAUCCCUUGCACCAGAAGAAGCUCCUUUCCAUGCAUACAGGGCAUACGGCAAACAUCUUCUCUGUCAAGUUCUUGCCACACACAGAGGAUCGGAUACUCAUUACCGGAGCUGCUGAUUCCAAGGUGCAUGUCCAUGACUUGACUGUUAAAGAGACCAUCCAUACGUUUGGGGAUCACAAAAACAGAGUCAAGCGUAUUGCCACAGCUCCCAUGUGGCCCAACACCUUCUGGAGUGCAGCAGAGGAUGGACUCAUCCGACAGUAUGACCUGCGAGAGAACAGCAAACACUCGGAAAUCCUGAUAGACCUGACGGAAUACUGUGGACAGCUUGUGGAGGCCAAAUGCCUAACUAUCAACCCCCAGGACAACAAUUACCUAGCGGUGGGAGCCAGUGGGCCCUUUGUACGGAUCUAUGACAUACGCAUGAUCCACAACCACAGAAAAAGCAUGAAACAGAAUUCCACCGCCGGGGUCCAUACGUUUUGUGAUCGGCAGAAACCCCUCCCAGAUGGUGCCGCACAGUACUACGUAGCAGGACAUCUUCCAGUGAAACUACCAGACUACAAUAACCGGCUGAGGGUACUGGUAGCGACAUAUGUCACCUUCAGUCCCGAUGGUACAGAGCUGUUGGUGAACAUGGGAGGGGAGCAGGUUUACUUGUUUGACCUGACUUACAAGCAGCGGCCAUACACUUUUCUCCUGCCAAAGAAAUGCCACUCUUCAGGAGAGGUGCAGAAUGGGAAAACAUCAACCAAUGGGGUGUCAAACGGCAUCCAUCUCCACAGCAACGGAUUCAGGUUGGCUGAAGGCCGAGCACAUGUCAGCCCACAGACCGAGCUUCCUCCUUACCUGGAGAAAAUUAAGUUACAAGCCAACGAGGCUUUUGCUUGCCAGCAGUGGACUCAAGCCAUCCAGCUCUACAGCAGAGCGGUCCAGAAGGCCCCCAACAAUGCUAUGCUGUACGGGAACAGAGCUGCUGCAUACAUGAAGCGCAAAUGGGACGGGGAUCAUUACGAUGCUUUGCGAGACUGCUUAAAGGCCAUCUCCUUGAACCCAUGUCACCUGAAGGCUCACUUCCGCCUGGCCCGCUGCCUCUUUGAGCUGAAGUAUGUGGCAGAAGCGCUGGAGUGUCUGGAUGACUUCAAGGGAAAGUUCCCCGAGCAAGCACAUAGCAGCGCUUGCGAUGCCCUAGACCGGGACAUCAAUGCAGCCCUCUUCUCGAAAAGUGAUAAUGCGGAAGACAAGAAAGGGGGCGGUCCCAUUUGGCUGCGAGCAACGGGGCGCAAGGAUUCCAUCUCGGAGGACGAGGUGGUGCUGAGGGAGCGCAGCUACGACUACAAAUUCCGGUACUGUGGCCACUGCAACACCACCACGGACAUCAAAGAGGCUAACUUCUUUGGCAGCAAUGCACAGUACAUAGUCAGUGGCUCUGACGAUGGCUCCUUCUUCAUCUGGGAGAAAGAAACGACCAACCUUGUGCGGGUUCUGCAGGGGGAUGAGUCGAUUGUCAACUGUCUCCAGCCUCAUCCCAGUUACUGCUUCCUGGCCACCAGUGGCAUUGACCCUGUUGUACGGCUGUGGAAUCCCAGGCCAGAGAGUGAAGCACUGAAUGGGCGAGUGGUGGAAGACAUGGAAGGCGCUUCCCAGGCUAACCAGAGGCGGAUGAAUGCAGACCCAUUGGAGGUGAUGCUGUUGAACAUGGGCUACCGGAUCACAGGACUGACCAGCGGUGGGGCUGGAGGCUCAGACGAUGAAGACAGCUCAGAGGGGCAAGUCCACUGCCGGACCAGCUAAAGCUGAAUUGCCUCUCUCCUUCCCAUGAUUUUGUUUUGUUUGAAGGGAAAUCCAGUUUGCUCCAUUUGGACUCUUGACGAACGACUGCACUGUUUCACGCUAUGCACAGAGUAGGAUCUGCCAGCAGGAGCCAAAGUGGCUUCGUUUAAGCUGCUGCCGCCCUUUCCUUCCCCCUUUGUGCCCCCUCCCCCCCGUUCCACUCUUAAGCAGCACGGGGGGGCGCAGCCCAUUGGACCUUUGCUUCUAGCAGAAUCUAGUCUGUGCAGGGAUUUCUUUUUCUUUUUCUUUUUUUGCGUUGUAAAACUGGCAACCAUCCUCCUCUUCUGGUGCUGCUGCACGGCCCGGGAGAUGGGGUGUGGCAGUGCGCGUUGCCUAUACGGAUGCAUUUGCAGAGAGGAUGUUUAAAAACUCAAUAAAAUGUCAACCUAGGGCAGGGAUUAUGGAAUGACAUUAAUGCCGCGGUCUCUCCAAAGCUUGGCUUGCUUGCCCUGCUGUCGCUGAUUGGCCCCUUUGGCUUCCUUGGUGCCUCUUCUGGCUCACCCAACCAGCCAGCUAGAGUUCACUCGGCCUUUGCAUCUCACACACAGUUAUAACAGGGCGACCAGGCAAAAAAUGGGCAUGCUAGCUGAUGCAAGGUCCCAGCCAUGUACAUGGUCCCAGCCAGUGGGCAGAGAUGCUAACUUCCUAGCUCUGGUAUCCAAAACUCUGUCUUCUGUGUGCAGAGAAAUGACUGUAACGGGGAGAAAACCCCCCCAGCACAGGGCCUCUGGUGACUUCUGUGACUAGAAGUAGUCAACUCCAGAUUUUGCUGCUCUUCUGGAAAUCCCUGCUGUUGUUGUUUUUUUCCCUUCACUGGAAAGAUUUUAUUUCCCAUGGUCUGAAUUGGGGCGUCUGGCUCACGUGCCUCAUCAUAGCUGGAGAUCUGGGCAAGAAGUAUCUCAUCCAUUUCAGCUGCCCAACAUUUCUGACUGGCUGUGGGCGAGGGCGCUCCCCUCCUCAGGCACAUUCAGAUCCUGACACACCUCUGUCUGUGACACGCGUGGACACAGGGCUCGUGCUCGGGCUUGCCUCUCCCUCCCCCCUGGAUUCCUGAACAACAUGGAGUCUGCUCCCCCCCCAAAAAAAAAACACCCUUGGAUUUCUAAACCAGAAUAAACUGGUUUAGAAUCCCUGUCUGCAGAGAGGAAGCCAUUUGUGUGUGUUUCAGAGCUUUCCAAACCAGGUAGCUUUUCGUUGGCCUCCCUGUGUUGGGUGGGGAGAAGCAAAGAGGGGGGAAUGCGCAAGUGCAGCUAGCAAGCUGGGUCUGUGCCCAUCACACAUAACGGGGGGUUGUCAUGAUGUCUGAAUGUGGCCAUUGUCCCUGGUGCAGUUACCUUCCUUUUCUUUUGCCUCGGGGGUUAGGAAUUUCCUCGGGAGCCUUCUGUCCCUCUCCAGCUGUGGCUUUUUGGGGUAGAUGAGGUGUGCAAAGCCUUUUCAUUUAGCAUAGGAUUUUGGCUUCUGUCUUGUCCCCUCCAGUUGUUCUUGCUACAUUCUAAACCAUCAAGUGGAUUCUGCACAGCAGACUCAUUGUGGAGCAUUGCCUAAAACCAAAGUUCUUGGGAACAAUGCUAAUGUUUGUUUGCUGUUUCGUUUCGUGGGCAGCAUUGGCCCCUGGGUGGGGGUGGCAGCGGCAAUGUCCGGCAGAAAUGCUGCUUUAGAAAGGGGAAGCCUCUUGGCUUAGCAUUUUUAUCGGAGACCACCCGUCCCUUUCAGGAACCUUGUGCGUACAACGAUUGCAUGACACACAGCAGGGGCACCCAUUGGUUCUUCGUUCCCCCAUCCCCACAGGCUCUGCUCUCAGCAUUUUCCAAGCUGCAAUGGUGUCGUUGUGGGAUUGUUCUAAACCACAUCCUCGGUGUCUCAGCAGAUAACUCCUGAGCGUUCCAUUGGAAGCAAGCCAGGCUGCAGUAUGGGAUGGACAGAGAGACUCCAGUACAACAGGCUUCUCAUUUCCCCUCUCCUGAAAGCGUCUUUGCUGUGGCCUUGUGCAGGGAGCAGUGGCAGCCAGAGGUUUCCCAAAAGCUGUGUUGCUGCUCCACUCGCUCUCCCACCUUUACCUCUGCCCAGGCCAAGGGUAAGCCAUGCGUUCUUCAAGCAGGCAAGGAUUGCAUCACCCCCAAGAAAUCUGGGCUGAAGCUAUUUUGCAGGGAACAAGCCAAAUUCUGUUUAGUGGUUGCCUGUUCAGUAAAGCCAUAUAUCUCUGCCCAAACCUCACAGUCAUUUUCAAAGGCUUGCAUGUCCCCGUGUUUGGAUAUUCUCUCACUUUUGGGUUCAAGCAUUCUGGAUGCUUAAAAUAGCAUGAAACCCAGAUGCAUUUCCUGGGCUGUAACUAGCAUAUUGGAGAAGCCUCCAGGUUUUCUUAUUCUCCCCCCCCCCCCAAAAAAAAACA